ACAUGUUGCCGGUAUCGACAGCUGGGAUCAUCUGAUUCGAACCAAUGUUUAUGCAAUUUUCUUAUGCAUUUGCAGUGAAAGAAAGGCCCUCAAACUAGCCCAAGUAAACUUAAAAAAAGGUAUUGCAUACAUAUGCGUUAGUGGCUAAGCUGAGGCUUGUUAUUACCGCCUUCAAACUCAAGUUGCCUUCCGCUAUUGGGCGCCAGCCUUAUUUUCAAGACUUCAAACUCCGGUAUUCCCUCCCGUAGUUGGGCAUAAACAGCAUAUACACAAACAAUGCGACAGGGUUAACUAGGUAGCUAUCGUUUAAACUCACCCGGGUUUUCCCCAUCGUGGUACGGCAUGGUCGUCAUAGCCAAUUUUAAUUCUGGACUUUCUUUAAUCUCGCCUAUCCUAUCCCAUCUCUUGGCUCCCCUCACUCUUUUAUAAUGGCCGGGUGGGAGAGCCGCAAGAAGCUUCACGAGUGGAGAGUCAUGCAACAUCGAGGCCGUAAUAAAGUCCUAAAGGCCUCAAAGGAUCCUGUCGCGCGAGCCCGGCUCUGUGCCGAGAUCCCGUCCCCAACUUCCGCAGGACUCCACAUUUCAGAGUCGGAUCGAAUUUCGGCCUUGACGUCCCUUCCGGCAUUCCUCUUUAACGGCCCCGCAGUAGAUUCCGGACAAUCCCAGAUCACUAGUCCUAGUCAAGGGCGUCGAUCCUUCCUUAGCACUUUUCCAGCCGAAGUCCGGAACAUUAUAUACCACUACGUUAUCGGCUAUCCUACAUGUCGAAGUUUAUACGACUACUAUUACGACCAGAAGGAGAAGGCCAAAGCUAAGAUUGAGCUGCGACCACGCUCUGCUAACACCAAAGUAUCGCGCCACUCCAAGAUCAUUCUUCGGACGCCUAGUAUCUUCCUUCUCUGCAAGCAGAUAACGAGAGAAGCACUCAGUCUUCUAUGUCUCCAGCCCUUUGUCAUCGACCGUAUCCCGCCCUGGAUCAUGGGUAACCCAUCACCCCUUUCCAUAAUCAACUUCAUUGGCAGGGCAACAUUGCAAAACCUUCGAUUCGUCCAAAUCAAAAUCUCGCUCGGCGAUGGUACCGAGUUCGGAAGCGGGAAGGUUUGGCUCAGGCUACUGAACGAAAUACUGGAUGCCUGGUCAGAACGCAACUCCUUGGUUCGAUUAGAAGUCAUGUUCAAGCUCUCACAUGUUACGAGACCUAACAUGUGGUUCUACGAACUGGACGAUUACGAAAGUCUUGUGAACAAGCUUAAUUACUUCGAGUUCAGAUACGGCUCAAAACCAGGCUUGAUCCGAUGGGAACAUUGGGUCAUAGACUUCGACUAUGCUUAUCGGGUUGGGCAUAGAAAUCCCUUGGUUCGAGUACAUCCUGACCCAUACAUAUGGCAAGGGAGCGUUAUCGAAUGGCUCUGAGCAAGCAUCAGACGCCUAAAAUUACGGCUAUAUCGCCCAUAAUGAGGUCCCUCAAUAUCGAGAGGAAUACGAACGUCACGAAACGGGGUCAAGGCAAGAACCAAUGGAUUUACAGACACAUCAGCACAACCAUACGGCGUUUGGAAGGCAUAUACCCAGGUUAUGAUUUGGUUUUUUACGGCGAGUUUUUCUUUUCUCCAAAAUAAUAUUAUAAUUUUAUCGAUGAGAUCUCAUAAUUACGAAUGAUUUACUUUACACUACGC